CGCUGCCAUCCGCCAUUUUUUGUUUUCUUUCUCUCGCCGCAGUUGACCGGCAGGUAGGGUAGAACCAGGUACAGUUGAACUCGGCAACAGCCAAGAAGCGAUAAGAGUGUGAUAUAAGAUCCAGCAGGACCUUCUCCCAAUAACUUGAGUUAUUUGGACCAAUCCGUUUAUGACAUGGUAUCAGAGCUUUUUGUGACCGUGAGGUCUUCUGUUCAAUUCCCGAUAACCUCCACACGGUGUCCGGACUUGUGCCUGGGUAUAUGAUCCACGAUUGAACCUCUCCCAACAACUCGAGUUAUUGGGAUUAGGACCAACUGGUUUACGACAGAAGCCACCACUUGAAGCUCCUCAUCACAGUUGGUCAAUCAUCAUUGCUUCUUUUUUCCUGCUGAUGGGUUUUCUAAUCCUUUGGUUUGGCUUGGCUUUUCUGGGGAUCUAGCCAGUGGAGUGGACUGGCUGCUGAAAAUUCCAGUGUAGUAAACAUGUCAACAGCCACUGUCUCUCAGAUUUCAGCAGACCAGUUCCGUACUGAGAGUGUAUCAGCAACUACCGUCUUCAAGGUUUUUAGCUGUCUCAGCAAACUAGUGUGUUUCUUAUGCCCUGAAUCAUGCCUUCAAGGUCUAUGAUUCUUCAAUAGUCUCGGAUUCUUCCAAUAUGCACAGCCAAGCAACUGCUUAUGCAAGACUGGCAGAAUCUGCGGCUGUUAAGGCUAAGUUUAGAUCCAGAACAGAAGAUUGAUGAUCUGGGUAUUCUUCACAUUUUGCCUGUUUUGGCUGAAAGUACUGGGAUGCUGCCUAACCGUCAGGGUAACAGGAAUGGAUCAGACAUUUUGUUGGAAGCUAUAGUAGAGGCUGAGGUGGCUCGCAAUGCUAAACAUUUCUUCGUCUAACCUGAAAAUCAAAGAAAGCAGGAUGGCGAGGUAAUGUGCUGUUCAGGUUUUCAUUUAUGUUGCUGGAACUUAAAUUACAUUCAGGCUGAGAAGUGCAAGAAACUCCAGUGUGAUCCCAAACUCUCUGAUCGCAUGCUGCUGCGAGCUUCGAAUGUUCAAAGUAACAAUGACUAGUUUUGUUAGGUGAACGAGCAAAUCGGCCGUUGCUUUAAACUUUAAUUAAUAGUGUGAUGCGUGUAGCCAGUGAUGUCGUAUUGUGUUGACUUUAGAAUUUGAUGAUGGCUUUCCACAGUACUCGUUGAACACACGUUCACGUGGUGGGAAUUUAGGUGCUGGAAUAUUGUUGUUGUCUUGUUGAGGCUGAUUCAUAAAUUAUGAUAGAAGGAAUUAAUAAAACAACCCUAUUCCUGAUCGGGUUUUGAUGAUAGAAAAAAGUUAGGUACUUCGUGUACUUGUAUUCAGUUUUCGUUGGAACAUUAAAAGAGUAGUGGUCGGGUUUAUUGUUGGCAGUACAAGUUAUCAACAUUACUAAACCUUGCUAUGUACUUAUUAUUGAUAUUUGCAUUGUUAUCAAAUCGAGCCAAACAGGUUGAUUGAACCGGUAAAAUCGGGAAUCAGCCGCCGAUUUGGCUCGAAAGAAGGAAAGAGUCGUUAGCUUCAGACCAGUCAGUCGGUGCCGGUCUGAACAAUUAAUCGCUUGGGAAACUUGAACCACUCAGACUAGUUUUCAGCAUUUUGCCCAUCCUUUAAAAAACUAAUAAUAAAUUUCCAUAAAGCGAACCUAUUCCUGAUCGGGUUUUGAUGAUAGAGAAAAGUUAGGUACUUCGUGUACUUGUAUCCAGUUUUCGUUGGAACAUUAAGAGCUAGUGGUCGGGUAGUUAACAACAUUACUAAACCUUGCUAUGUACU